AUGUUUGAGAUGAAGAAAACCAUUGACGCUUUAGUUGUUCUAGCAGGUAAGGUUUCAGAAUAUAACGCAAAAAUGAACCCACAAUGUUCAAAAUGUAAAGCAGCAAUGAGGAAAUAUAACUACUCCGUCAAAGAGAUAGAAAGAAUGCGAAACGACUAUGCAGACUUAAAGAAAGAAGCAGAAAAGCCAGCAGAAGAUAAAAUGAACAUGUUAGAAUUUCUUAAUAAAAAUUAUCCAACAGCAGAAGAUUUCCUUCUAUCUGACGUCAAGAAGAAGUAUAAAGAAACUUUCGGCAUUGUUAAAACAUUCGAUGUACUGACAGAAGAAAUAGAAGCUACGAAAUUGUUUAGAAUUUCAAAUAUACAUCGUACAAUUCAUGUGAAACGCUUGUGA